AUUGGUUGAGAUUUGGGUGCGUAAACAACGUCUCGUUUUAUAAAAUAAAUUAAAGUAAACGCGAAAAACAAACUGGUACGUGCUCUAAGGUGUCAAUGUGACCGUAAAUACUACAAUUUUAAUGGAGAAAACCGAAAAAGUUGCACUUUUUAAGUGACAUUUGACAGGUGCCAGCUCACCUCAAUAACAUUGUCAUACGUGGAUUUAAAUAACACCGAAAUAAUGGCUUAUGAACCACCUGCGGUACAAAUUGAGCUAACGCCGGCAUUUAUUGAAGGUCUGCAAAGCGAUUUUAAAACGUUGUCCAAUGAAUCAAAGAAGAAAUAUCCCCAAGUCAAGGAGGCGUGUGAGGAGGCUGUGGUGAAGCUCAAAGGUACCCUCAAUAAUCCACCGACUUCUAUUUAUUCUGUUGUCAACCAAAUUAUUUAUCCACUGUCUCAGGGUUGUGAAACAAAGGAUGUUAAGCUUAUAAAAUGUUGCUUGCAAAUAAUGCAGAAGCUUAUAACCAAACAAUUAAUAGACCAAAAAGGUGCCAAGUUCAUCACAAACACACUAUGGACGCUCAUGGAGUCUGGCUUGGAGGAAGUCAAAAUUCUACAGUCAGUCACGUUACUUCUCACAACAAAUACCAUAGUCCACGGCGACACACUAGCAAAAACACUGGUGUUGUGUUUCCGUCUGCACUUCGCCAAAAGCUCCACAACGAUAAACACGGCCGGCGCGACCGUUCGACAGCUCGUGUCGCUGGUGUUCGAGCGCGUGGUCGUCGAGGAUGAACGCCUGUCGAAGGACAACAAGAACAUGCAACAGCGCGAGUUCAACGUGGAAGAAUUCAAAGGGGCGGCGGGUACGGCGCCCAAGGGUCUGCCGCCGUGCGCCCAGGACGCGUUUCUGCUGUUCCAGGACCUGGUGCAGCUAGUGAACGCCGACCAGCCCCAUUGGCUCAUCGGCAUGACUGAGAUGACCAGGACGUUCGGGCUGGAGCUGCUCGAGUCUGUGCUGACGCAGUACAGCAGCGUGUUUUUCAAGAAUCCUGAAUUUAGUUGGCUGUUAAAGGAGAAGGUUUGUCCUCUCGUUAUUAAACUGUUUUCGCCGAAUAUUAAAUAUAGAAGCAAUGUUCCUACAAAUAUACAACAAGCAGCGCCUUUUGAAAAACCAUAUUUUCCUAUUAGUAUGAGGUUGUUACGUGUAGUGUCCAUUCUCAUCCAAAAAUACCACAGCUUAUUGGUAACCGAAUGCGAGAUAUUCCUAUCACUAAUCGUGAAGUUCCUGGAUCCAGACAAACCAAAUUGGCAGAGAUCACUCGCAUUAGAAGUACUUCACAAAAUGACAAUACAGCCAGCACUACUGCUUUCCUUUUGUCAGUGCUACGACUUGAAGAAGCACACCACUAGUAUUUUCCAAGACAUUGUCAACUCAUUAGGAGCAUAUGUCCAAUCAUUAUUUGUUACAACACAACAGAUCAACAAUUCAAUGUCGAUGAAUCAGCCGCAGCAACAGAUGUACUUGAGUGGCUUGCCGACAGGACCGGGCGUCUCACCGCCUCCCGGUUUUUCAUUGAGGGGCGUCUGGCUGCCGAUCGUCGUCACCUUCCCCACAGGCCAAGCUAAACCACAAUUUUUAGAGAUGCUGGACAAGAUCGACCCCGUGUCACCGCAGGAAGGUUACGGCAUAUCCGUCGCUUACGCCUGCCUGCUGGAGAUAAUCCGCUCGUUGCAGAUAAUCCUGGGCCCGCAGUCGCCGGAGGAGCCGGCAAUCCCAGUUGAACCCAGCAAACAAUUAAAAUGCCAGCUGAUAAACUCGAGUUGGUGUGGCCUGCUGGCCGCCCUCAGCCCCCUGGUGGACGCCAGCACCGACGAAUCGACCACCGAGACCAUUUUGAAGUCGAUACAAACUUUCAUCUCGCUAUGCGGCGAGCUGGACCUGCAGACGCCCAGAGAUGCGUUCAUUACGGCCAUAUGCAAGUCGUCGCUGCCGCCACAUUACGCCCUGACUGUCCUCAACACGGUGCCUUCGGGCGUCAACUUGAGACACUCCCACCAUCGCGACAGCCAGGAUUUGAGUUCGUUGAUCGUGCAGUACGGCGAGGGUGACUUCCGACAGCAAGUCGUGGCCGUUGGGACGCCACUGCCCACGUCCUCGGUACCAGCCGGCACCCACCAAGGCCCGGUUAUGCUGACCAACAAGAAUUUGCAAUCGAUGAGGGCGUUACUGAGUUUGGCUCAUUGUCACGGGAGUAUUUUGGGCACCAGCUGGCACUUGGUGCUCACGACGUUGCAACACUUGGUUUGGAUUCUCGGGCUGAAGCCCUCGACCGGGGGCAGUUUAAAGGCUGGAAGGGCUUCGACUGAACAAAACGCUGGGAUACAGACGUCUGUAAUGGCGGAUCUUCCCGUUUUGUCAACGAUGCUGAGCAAGUUGUUCGAAUCCAGUCGUUACCUCGAUGAUGUGGCGUUGCAUCACUUAAUUAAUGCCUUGUGUAAACUAUCCCAUGAGGCCAUGGAGUUGGCUUACUCCAACAGAGAGCCUUCUUUGUUUGCUGUGGCAAAACUGUUGGAAACUGGUUUGGUCAACAUGCCUAGGAUUGAAGUUCUGUGGAGGCCUUUAACUAAUCAUCUCCUGGAAGUCUGCCAUCAUCCGCAUAUUAGAAUGAGAGAAUGGGGAGUGGAGGCCAUCACUUAUCUGGUUAAACAAGCCCUGCAUUUCAAACACGCCACACCCCUUCGUGAAAAUCAAAAACUACAAACUUUGUUACUUGGGCCUCUGUUUGAGCUGUCCUCAGUGCCACACAGCGACGUAAGGAUGAGACAGCUGGAAUGUGUCCUGAAUAUCCUACAAAGCGCCGGAGAAAUUCUGCCUCACGGUUGGCCAUUAAUUCUGGGCAUUACUGGAGCAGUUAACGACCAACACGUAGAGACUUUGAUCAGGUCGGCGUUUCAGUGUUUGCAAUUGAUAAUAACGGAUUUCUUGCCUGUUAUGCCUUGGAGAUGUCUUCCACUUUGCGUUGAUACGGUCGCGAAAUUCGGCGCUCAGACACAGGAACUUAACAUUUCCCUCACGGCUGUUGGUUUGAUGUGGAACAUUUCGGAUUACUUCCACUUAAACCAAGGCAAACUGAACCAGACAGUAACAGAAGACACGACGGUGUUGCCAGACUUCCCCGGCGUCCCGAACAUGCCCAGCUUCGACAAGCUGUGGAUGUGCCUGUACGCACGGCUCGGCGAGCUGUGCGUGGACAGCCGGCCGGCCGUACGCAAAUCGGCCGGACAAACCCUGUUCCAAACCAUAUCGGCUCACGGGGGCCUCCUCAGACAGUCCACGUGGCAGGCGUUGCUGUGGCAGGUGCUGUUUCCACUGCUGAGCAACGUGAGGAACUUCUCGAACUCCGCCAGCACCGACAAAGUAGACUCGGACGGCAGCAUCAUGAUACACCACACGCGGAACACUGCGCAGAAACAGUGGGCGGAGACUCAGGUGCUCACGUUGUCGGGCGUGGCUCGGGUGUUCAACACCAAAAGACCGCUCUUGCAAGCCUUGGGUGAUUUUCCCAGGGCCUGGUCCAUUUUGUUGGAUUUCAUCGAGAAUGCGGCCUUGAGUAAAAAUAACGAGGUCUCCAUUGCUGCUUUGAAGUCGUUCCAGGAGAUACUGUUCCAGAAGAAGUCGAGCAAUCCGGACCAGAAGGUGGCGCAGCCCGACGACAAGGAAAUUUGGGCAGUUGCUUGGAAGGUUUGGGUUAAAAUCGGUAGCGAAAUCAGAGUGCCUGCGGACAAUGAAGUUACCGACGACUAUUAUAUACCCAGCCAAAAUUAUUUGAUAGCCUUAGUACAAAUUUUUCCCAACAUAUUCCUUCAUACAAGAAAUACGUUUAGUUUAGAAGAUUUAAAGCAGUUGGGCACGAUCUUGACUAACGUAGUUAGUGUGCCCGUUAACGGUGAAACGACUGCUUAUAUAAUAACAUCCUCGUCGUCAGAUUACAGUCUAACACAUUUGCAUGAUAACGUCUUACACACAAUGGAAUUGUUGCAAAAGGAAGUCAUGACUAGGAAUUCCAACAAAAUGAUCCCAGAAAUAUUCAAAAGACUUCUAUGCUUCGCCAAGUUUACGUGUUCACCACCCUCGUACACCAAAUUGGAAACCAGCAAGUCGAAAAUAACCGACUGGAUCUCCAUGAACUACGUACCUUUUGGCGAGAAAUCCAUAAAGAUGGCGGUAAAACUGUACGAGAAAACAUCAGAUAAUCCAGAAGUAAUAAGCGCCAACAUUCUGCACGACAUAAUUGCCACCUUGCAUACGCCUCUCGCCUUAAAAUACAACUGCAUGUCAAGCACCAUUUGGAAACUAGCCGCCAAUAGCUUACUGACUGUUUUAAAGAUUGGUCUCAAAGUUGCCAGAUCCCAUGGCAAUCAAUUUUUCUCCAUGUGGAACGAACUUGCCUCCACACUUAACGAUUUCCUCUUUCCUAACACAUGUCCUCCCUCCGACAAAGGUUUGGACGAAAUGGUCUCAGACGAAACCACCGACUGUCAAAUAAUAGAACUGCUUAAAACCGAAGUAUUACCCUACUCAAACUGCAUUCCGAAGGAAUUCAUAAUGCAGGUCGUGAUAUUACUGAACAAAGGGUCGAUCCAUUCGGCCACCAAUGUGAAAACCGACUGCGACGUUGAACUGACGCUCAGGGAGGAGUUCGCGAAGACCUGCUUCGAAACGUUGCUGCAGUUUUCGCUGGUUGACGGCUACAACAAGGAUUUGAUGGCUAACGGGGACGAAAAUAGUAUUGCUGGGCAGUUGGCGGUGACCAGUCUGCUGCACAGGUUUCAGGAGGUGCUUCGAAAGUAUAUUGAAGACGAGAAACUAAGUGGGAAAUGUCCUUUGCCUAGAUAUCGCUUGUCGGAGAUUUCCUUCGUAUUAAAAGCAUUGACGACGCUGAUCAUAUCCAUGAAAAAAGCAACAUCAGUGAAAGAAGAUCACAAAGCGUGGGAACAAUUAAUAAGUCUGUAUCCAUAUUUGGUGGAAUGCACAACGACAACAUCGACACAAGUAUCAAAACCGUUGAGGGAAGCGUUGCUUCAGUUCUGUGAUUUAUUGACACCUCCAAGUAAACAGAGUGGCUUGAAGAAUUCAAAUACGUUAAUUUAAUUAGUAUUUGUAAUUUUGUACCUGUCUUAAAAUAAUUCAUAUCCUGAGUAUUGUUUAUGACGGAAUAUCAGUUCUUGUCUGUACAAACGAAAUUUUUGUUCCACACUACCAAUGAUAAAUUUUGGUAAUACUCUUUGAAUGUGUUUUUAGAAUUUAUAUGCUCUUUGCAGAGCGAAUUCGAGAUCAAAAAUUGUUUGUGUUCAUAUACACAUGCCCAUUUGCCUGAUAAAUUGAUUCACAUUAAAUUUUCAGAAAUUGUACAUAUUUGUAAUAAUAGUUAAGCAUGUACUCAUCAAUAAAUGCUGGACGACAAAACUUCUAUUAUUCAGCGCGUAGAGAUUAUUAUGUUUUAUAUAUGUGAUUUAAUUUUGUUGAUGUUUUUAAUUUAUAUUAUUAAUAUACUUGUUAAUUAGCCUAGUCCAAAUUAUUUCUUGAAAAUGAUAAGUAUUAGUACUACAUAUGACUUCAUUACAACAGUUGUUUCAUUGAAAUAAAAAGGAUUUCUUAUAUUG